GCGGUUCUCAUGGCAACCAACGUAAACACAGCCGCCUUUCUCUCUGCCUCCUCUUGUUCUCGUCCUCAUGGUCUCGGCUCUGCCGCGGCUCCAAAGCGGCGGGGAAAAUGUCGGGAUCGACUUGCAGCGAGGAGCGGUUCUAUGCUAAGAUAGCGUCGAUUCAGCAGAGCAUGCACAAAAGUGAGAAGCGCAGACUGGAGCUGGAGAGAGAGCUGUUUACCUACUGCAGAUCAGAUACAAGAAUCUUGCAGAUAAAGUGUUCCAAACUGCGCAGCUAUCUCAAAGAAAUCUGUGGCAGGGAGGCACGAGCGAAAAUGAGAAACCUUGAGCUUAAGAGAGAUGUGGAGUGCAUGGAAAUUAGCAUGAAGGAGUAUAAUUCUGACCAUGGCCCCCUGCAACAAAUAAAGGCUGACUUUUUGAAAAAGAUUUCCAGAAUCACUGAAGGCAGCAGGAAGAUAGAGGAGCCGGAAGCAGCGAAGGUUAAAGCUGUGCAACGCCGGCAGUGGGACAGCAGCAAGAACUUCACGCCAGUGGAAAUUUUUAUGGACCACCAGACCUCCAGGGGCUACGACGCUGAAGCUGCCACCACAAGUGUACACUCACACGGAGCACCGCAGCCUUCGCCCAAUCGCAGCGUGCACCCGCGCGAACGUCUACCAAGUGGCCUUUUGAAGGACUUCAGAGUUGGCAGAGAGGAUGCCGCCGGUAAGCGGGCGCAUUUAUCAGAUGACAUUUCAAGCUCAAACGAUUCCCCUGACGGCUGUAAUUUGAGUGACAAACAUCAAAGAAGAGCGCCGGGGCUGCUCCCAUCUGCCCGUGCCGCAGCAGCCGCAGCUGGUUGUGUGGCUUCUGCAAGUGAUGAUGAACGAGAAGCCUCACCUUCGCUGACCUUGACGGGGUGUGAGGAGAAUCCAUCUCCCUUCAACAGUAACCCUGCGAUGGCUAAGAAUCCCCCUGCAGAACCCAGCGACUCCCAAGAGGUGGCUCGCAAACCUCUCAUAAUGGCAGAUGAAGAGAGAGGUCUUGGCCAUUUGAAGCCUGAAACCACUUUCCGAAAAGAAGCUCAAGAGACAUCAGGAAAAUGUGAGGCUGCUGGUGAACCAAGCUCAGAUGUGCAGUUGUCAGAGAGCAGUUGCAGUGACCUGACAAUUUCUUUGACACAAUCGGAGCUCGAGGAGGAUUUACCAGAGGAGGCAGCAUCAGAGAGAAAUGCCUCUUCCAGAGGAAGUGGCGAUCACACACAGCAUCGUCCUGACUCAUCCGUCCACUCAGACGGGUCUAGGAAGACAGAGCAGUUUAACGGUGAAUCCUCAACUCCAGGGCCGACUUUGAAAAGCCUCUCCCUGGAAGGACUCUUUAAUCUGCUAGACAGCAUCGAAGGGCGACUCCACGGCGAGCAGAGCCGCGUGUACAGAGAUUCUUCAAUAGAUGGAAGACAACUCAAUAGGAUUAUCAGUCUUUGUGACGACGGAGCGGGCUUGAAUGGCGAGGACCUUGAAGCAUGUGGAGCCGUCGUCCUUCACGAGCUUCGGAGGUUGUCAUGGAGCACGGAAAAGGGCUGCGUGCUACCGCCGGAGCUGGUGAGAGCGCGUCCGCCCAGCACUGAGCCUAAUGAAAUAAGCGCCAGCCUCCCUCCCAAUGCUGCUCAGCUGUGGGAUCGCUGGUUCAAGCACGCCCUUGUGCUCAAGGAGAGCCGUGUCCUCAGCACUGAGCGCUUGGUCCAACUGUUCACGCCGCUUCUGCUGGAGCGUGAUGCCGACUACAGCCAGCAGGCCAAAGUGUUGCUGAGGGCACUUCUCUCCCGGUCCAGUGAGGAGGGCCCCUCAGCAGAGGAUGAGAGUGACUCUUCGUCUUUGUGCAAUAAUUCAUCUGCCUUGGCGGACGGAGAUGUGAAGCCCUCCCGAUCGGUACGCACGCAACGUAGCCAAGAACUACAAAGCACUGAAGAGGACAGCCAGGACGAAAGCCCGGUGGAAAGUGGUCCUAUUAGAGUGAAUAAUGGGCUCCUUUACACAAUGGCUGAGGCAGGAUGAUCAAGGUGAAUCCAGGGUCAAAGUCCCACCUGAAGAGCCAUGCCAGUUCUCUCUAAUUAUCUCCGAGAAAACACUAGCCGUGUUUCCAGCCAUGUCCGAAGAAUUCUGGCAGGACUCAUAAUUCGCUGGCCCGGCAUAAUGCGACCGCUUUAAUUGUCAGGGCGCCAGGGUAGGCAGCGCAAAAGAUCUGUCAUCGGUUCUCAUUAUCUUCUAAACAAUGCUCCGGCAGGGCUGGACUUGAAAAAGUACUAGAUGUGACGGCAUCCUGGAAGCAGUUGGUGUGCCCAUCCCUCAGCUCACCUCUGAAAUGUAAAGCCGAUCCAGCAUUACCCGCGGCUGUCGGAUUUCCUACUGGGUUUUUCAUGUGUCUGCAUCCCUAAGGUGCACAGCCUGCAAAAUGAGUCCAGUUUCUAAUCGCUGCACUUAAUCAAAAGAGCUAUAACCAGCUAAAAAAAAAAAAGUGACUAAAGAUUUUGUAAGGAAAAUAUUUAACUGUGCUGAGCAACAUCAGUGUCACAAUCAAAUACCAUGACCUUGGAACUGAGAGUAAUUGCCAGGAGAUGUGUGCCUUUAACCUUAUGUAAAAGCAGUGGCUUUACAAAGGGCUCUGGGAGAUUGCCAUGCUAAGUCAACA